AAUUAGCCAUCAAUCCCUCCAUUUCUUUAUUUCUUCUCCUGCUGCCCUGAGCCUCUAGUUUCUGUCAUUUUGUCUCAACCAAAGAUCGUUGCCUCUUCCAACACAACUAUUUCUCUGUCUUUUCCUUUUACCCCCUGUAUUGAAAUGUGCAAUCUUUUCAAUAACCCCGUACAUCAAAAAUUUACACAGUAUUCCAAAAGUCCUCGUUGACUUGACAAAUCUGUAACUUGCAUCAAAAUCUCCCAAUAAUUCUCAGCUAGGGUUGCUCCCUGAGAUGCAGUGAGUUAUGGGUCUGAGGCCUAAGCAGGUGACCUUAGUAUAUCCCUCAAACCAAUAAAAAGCCAAAACACCAUUGGGAAACGCUUUACUGGCAUACCAUGUAAAAGACAAUUCCUUCCUGUAACUCCUAGCAGAGAUUGUGUAAUUUCCCAUUCUCAAGACCCAACCCCUGUAAAUUUCGUAUUCUAAAAGCCCUUUUCUGCAAACAAAAAUAAUUCAGGAGCGACAAUAUAAGAUUCCAAAUUUUGUUCACCGAUUUCCCCAGUGAGAGCGGCCUUUGACUUUUCUCUCAUCACUCCUCUCAAAUUUAGCCUCAAAUUCCCAAAGAAAAAUUUCAUAUAUAUAUAUAGCUUUGAUCUUUUAGAGCUUUAGAUAUUACAUUUCGUGCAAUGGCGGUUGAUUGCAUCAAAACCAUACCUUCCUCCAUGAAUCAACAUGACCGGAAAGACGACCAAAAACCGCCGGUUUUUGAUGCCUCGGUGCUUAGUUAUCAAGACGACAUUCCCGACCAGUUCAUAUGGCCUGAUGAUGAGAAGCCUUCUGUGAAUCCACCGGAGCUCCAAGUGCCACUUGUGGACUUGGGAGGCUUCCUUUCCGGUGACUGUGUUGCCGCAAGGAAAGCCUCAAGGCUAAUAUGUGAGGCAUGUCAAAAGCACGGGUUCUUUCUCGUGGUUAAUCAUGGGGUUGAUGCAGAGCUCAUCAUCGCCGCUCACGAGUACAUGGAUAAGUUCUUUGAAUUGCCGCUAGGGGAGAAGCAACGAGCUCAGAGGAAGCUCGGCGAGCACUGUGGAUAUGCUAGUAGCUUCACCGGAAGGUUCUCGUCCAAGUUACCGUGGAAGGAGACACUUUCUUUCCAGUAUUCACCCUCAACCCGAAUUGUCCAAGAUUAUUUCGUGAAUACAAUGGGAGAUGAAUUCAAGCAAUACGGGACGGUUUACCAAGACUACUGUGAAGCCAUGAGCAAGCUUUCCCUAGGGAUCAUGGAGUUGUUAGCAAUGAGUCUCGGAGUAGGCGGGACCCAUUUCCGGGAAAUCUUUGAGGAAAAUGAGUCUAUAAUGAGGCUGAAUUACUAUCCACAAUGCCAAAAACCAGACUGGACUUUAGGAACAGGACCUCAUUGUGACCCUACGUCAUUAACCAUUCUUCACCAAGGCCAUGUGGGUGGUCUUCAAGUGUUCGUUGACAAUGAAUGGCGCUCAAUUAGCCCCAAUUUCGAAGCCUUCGUUGUCAACAUUGGCGACACUUUCAUGGCACUUUCGAAUGGGAGAUACAAGAGUUGCUUGCACAGGGCUGUGGUGAACAGCCAAAUUCCAAGAAAAUCUCUGGCAUUUUUUCUGUGUCCAAAGGGGGAUAAAGUGAUAACCCCACCAACUGAACUGGUGGACACAAUGAACCCCAGAAUAUACCCAGAUUUUACAUGGCCUAUGCUGCUUGAGUUCACACAGAAACAUUACAGAGCUGACAUGAACACUCUCCAAGCUUUCUCAAACUGGGUUCAACAGAGAAACAGCUGAAGCUGCUGUGUGCUGAAAUUCAAUCAGUCCAUGUAUCAAUCAAAACCGCAUAUCGUCCCACGGCCUGAUCUCUGCCAAAGAAAAUGACAAGAUGGGAGGAGGGCUAAAAAGACUAAAUUCAAAAUUUGGGAUUUUGCGUAAGAGUUAAAAAGGAAGACAAGAGUGCAGAGUUAGAGGAAAAGCCAUGCUUUUGUGUUCAUGGGGUCUGCUGAAAACAAAGUAGGACUAGGGAUAUAAGGAAACCAAUAAAGAUCAUUAGGAAAUCAGCCAAAAACUUUUGUAUUUUUAGUGGUAAUAUAGGAGUAUGGAAUACCAUAUUUUGCAUAUAUUUAGAGUUUAAGAGCUUGUUUAAUUUCUUGGAGAUGUUAUUUUAUGUUGUGUUGCACGGUCACUCUGAUUAGAUUUAAGAUUUGACGACAAAGUACAAAUUCAUAAUAUUAGGAAAACAGAGGAGCAUUCACUGUUCAUAUGCCAAAAAAAUACUCAACUCCAA